UGACAAGGAGACUCUGACACUGCAAAACAUGGUAUUUUGAUUUGUUUGUGGAGCAUUUCCUUAGCGAUAGGGCUGUUAGACGACUCUUUGUCUUGCUGGAAAAUGAAAACUUUGCGAUCAAUUUUCAUUUUCCUUUUGGGUAUCAUCACUAUCUUCACAUUACGCCCGUCUGUAACAUCAUUAUUCAUCAGCAACAAAUUUGACAGCUUGGAGUUCAGAUUGGAUUUGGCCGAUCCAUCAGAAGUGAAUAUUACGGCCAAUAGCCUUGAUGCUCUUGCGUCUGAUACGAGGCCGCGCAAUCUCAAUCUAGCCAUGGUCGGGGACAGCGUCACACGCUUUCAAUAUAUCAGCUUGAUAUAUUUUCUCUCGACAGGCUACUGGAUCGACGAUCGGGAAAGACCUGACCUCUUAAAACCGAGGAUGCGAUCAUCAUGGAACGACUGGUUGAACUACUCCAAUACCCUCUUUAGUCCGCACGAACAGUGUGAUUGCUUUCGCUUUGACAACUACAGGUCCAUCGAAAAUCGGUACUUUCAAGACAAUCGCAACAAUUCUGUCAUCAUGAUUGUCAAGUUUGGAUCAGCAAGAGUCCACGGUUUCUACACGUGGGAGCGUGUCAACCGGCGGGAAGUGAGGAUGCUACAAAUUACAAAUAGAAGUCAGCAAUUUCCACCACAUGCCUGGGAUUACAAUUGGACGGAUCUCAUUCAGCAGCACAUCGCCAAGCUUGCUCCUAAACCUGAGUUUCUCGUCUUUAAUGCCGGCAUCCAUAGGCACAAUUUGGGAAGUCCCAUGGUUCAACAAGAAAUUCAAACGGCCUUGCGUCAGCACAGUAUUAUUGGGAUUUUCAAGACAACAUCCUUUCCCAAGGCCGUUCGAACUUUUCAGAAGCAUCCGGUAGACGAAGCUCUCUGUGGUGGUGUAUUUCCAAAUUGCGUCAACCUUGAUUGGACCUUUAACGUAUCGGAUUCCCAUUACAUUGAUAAACACCAUUUCGACUCGCCUGUCAAUACGCUCAUGAACCAACAGCUGCUUGAAUACAUCGGCGGCCUCCAAAAGGGAGCAUACGGAAGCGUAUCCUACUUGACAAAGACACCCGUUCUGUCACCAGUGAUCUCAGUGAGGGAGCAAUACGGUAUGUUUUCCAAUAGCACAACGGCAUGA